CUGGCGCCUGCUCUCUCUCUCUCUCUCUCACACACUCCCAUAAAUGCAGUGACACUUGCAUUCUGUGUGUGCACGCGUGUGUGACAGAGAGCGAUAGUCGAAAUAGAAAUUGAGAGUGGGAGGGAGAGUGAGAGAGCAUAAGGGAAGGAAAAUAGUGUAAGCAUAUGUAUUCUUGUUACUGAGGGGGCAAGGAAAAAGGAAUAAGGAAAUUGAAGUAUCCGCCAUAUGCUGUGGAUUUUUGUGAAUGUCUGGCUGAAGAGAAUAUCCAUUUCUGGGGGAAAAAGAUGGGAAGCUCGCAUUUGCUGAACAAAGGCUUGCCUUUAGCACUUUGCCAACUUCUGCUUCACUGAGUAAGGUGUACUAUUAGUGGGUUGUGUGGUUUCUCCGCUAUCUUCAGAUGAAUGCACUAACUGCAUUCGGCCGCCUAUCAUGAACGGGCCCAUGCACCCUCGGCCCCUGGUGGCCCUCCUGGACGGGCGGGACUGUACCAUAGAGAUGCCCAUCCUGAAGGACGUGGCCACUGUGGCCUUCUGUGACGCCCAGUCCACACAGGAGAUCCAUGAGAAGGUACUGAACGAGGCCGUUGGGGCUCUGAUGUAUCACACCAUCACACUAAUGAGGGAGGACCUGGAGAAAUUUAAAGCACUGCGAAUCAUUGUCCGCAUAGGCAGUGGCUUCGACAACAUCGACAUCAAGUCAGCUGGCGAUUUAGGGAUAGCAGUGUGUAACAUGCCAGCAGCCUCAGUGGAAGAGACUGCAGACUCCACAUUGUGUCACAUCCUGAACCUGUAUAGACGGACCACAUGGCUACACCAGGCACUGCGCGAAGGGACCAGGGUGCAAAGCGUGGAGCAGAUCCGAGAAGUGGCGUCUGGGGCAGCACGGAUCCGAGGAGAGACACUUGGCAUUAUCGGCCUUGGUCGUGUUGGCCAGGCUGUAGCACUGAGAGCCAAAGCCUUUGGGUUCAAUGUAAUAUUCUACGACCCGUACCUUUCUGACGGGGUGGAGCGAGCCCUUGGCCUGCAGCGAGUCAAUACCCUCCAGGACCUGCUUUUCCACAGUGACUGUGUCACCCUACACUGCAGCCUCAACGAGCACAACCAUCACCUCAUCAACGACUUCACCAUCAAACAGAUGCGCCAGGGUGCGUUCCUGGUCAACACGGCUCGAGGGGGGCUGGUUGAGGAGAAGGCCCUGGCUCAAGCCCUGAAAGAGGGGAGAAUACGUGGAGCUGCUUUGGAUGUCCACGAGACAGAGCCCUUUAGCUUCAACCAGGGCCCUCUGAAAGAUGCUCCAAACUUGAUCUGUACACCCCACGCUGCCUGGUACAGUGAACAGGCUUCUAUUGAGAUGAGAGAGGAGGCAGCCAGGGAGAUCCGAAGAGCAAUUUCAGGUCGUAUUCCUGACAGCUUAAAGAACUGUGUGAAUAAAGAGUUCUUGACCCAGACUACUCACUGGGCCAGUAUGGACCCUGCUGUCAUUCAUCCUGAGCUCAAUGGGGCCUACAGGUACCCUCCUGGUGUUGUGAGUUUGGCCUCUGGGGGGCUCCCUCCUCCUGUAGAGGGGAUCGUUCCUAGUGCCGUACCCAUUACGCACAGCCUGCCUAACAUCACCCACCCCCCUCAUGCCCCCUCGCCAGGCCAGCCGGGCAAAGCAGAGUCUGACAGGGAGCAGCACCCCAAUGACCAGUUGUAGCCCCGCCCCACAGAGCUCUCUACAACCAUAGAACUCUCUUGGUCUUCUUCACUCCAAAGAGGAAUGGAGCCGAAGCUUCAUUGGUUCCAAGCAGCUGCCAUGAUAAAACAGACUCACAGACGUCGAUUACAGGUCAUUUGGUCCAACCAUAGUGAAGUCAGUCGUCUUUUUAAAACCUUUUUUUUUUUGUUCAGAAAAAAUAUAAUAAUAUGGAUUUAAAAAGAGAAAAAGACAAAUAUCCUUUCAAGCCAAUCCUGCUGUUUAGACUGUAGUUUGUCCAAGUAACGUGGGCGAAUAUCUGUUUCUGUGUCCUAUGGGUUCAUUGUUAAAGCAAAGGUAGUUGAUUAUAACAUGAAUGUAACCUGUUUGUGUACAGUUUUUAGAAAUAUGGAAAAAAAAGUAUUUGUAUUGCCGUCUAAAAGAAAAACAUGGGUGAAAAUUAACAACUCAUUUUCAAAAGACAAUAGAAUAUUUCUUUUUAAGUGUUUCCAAACAAGCCCCCAAAAGAGGCAGCUUGCACACCUUCUCAGGAAAUUGAGUUUCCCUUGUUUUUUUCCUUUUACGCCACAUAGUGCUUUCUUUUUCUACCUGCCUGCCUUUUUGUCUAUGUUAGCAGUAAGUUCCGUCGGUUCUUUCAGUUUAAGGGGCAUGUUAUUCUGUAGUCCUCUGCCUCUGUGUAAACGUUCAAACCGUGCAUUUGGGAGAGAAGACCCACCCGUCUUGUGCAUACCUGACGUACUGCUUGCCUGUGUCAGUGUGACUUGAUUGUAAUAUGUCUGAGAAGAGAAGCAGCUCCCAGCUGCCUGAUUAGUAUAGCAGCCCUACAUUGCCUACGUUUGUUUUCUUCUGGUAAAGUAGUAGGCUAGCAAUAUACAGUAUACAUACUAUAUAUUAUAAAUAUCAUUAUUUUUGGUUAACCAAAAUCCAAAAACAGAUGUUUGUGACUGUAUGAAUUUGUAUGAAUUAUUUUAAAAACAAAUUAAAGUCCCUGUUGAAAGGUCAAA